AUGUCCGCUGUUCUGUAUUCGUUUUGGAUGCGUUUUAAAGCUUGGUGGGCAUCAACGAAAGCUAGAACCCACCUCUAUCGAGUGCAACAGGAAGGUGAUUGUUUCUGGAGUUUGGAUGUGUUGCUGCUCGUGGCAGGGCUACCGAGUACGUUAACAUCUCAAUGGAGCAAUGAACGCUGUAUUCGCUAUUCUACCAUAUGUUUAUUUGUAAUCCAAGCGAUUAUGUACAUAUUGCAAGCAAUUCAUGUUGUAAUUUUGAAAAAGGAAGCAUCCUUCAUUCUAAUGGAAGGUGUAAAAGCUUCCUCCAUCGUGUUAAUUAUCUUGAAAAUGGUGGUCAUGGUUCGUCUCAGGGAACCGAUUGCUUGCGUCAGAAGUUUUAUCAACAGUAGUUGCGUGAGCUCCGGAGAUGAAGCCUACGAUGGACACGAGCUCAAUAAAUUCAAUCGUUCCGCAACAACGAUGCUGCGAGUUAUAUUUGGAUUCAUCGCCGUGGACACCGUUUUGAUUAUGAUCCCAAACAACACUACCCAAGCAGUGUUUGAAUUACCUCUUCAAAUGUUGGGUGUCGCAAAACAAGAAUCAUUGAUCGUGCAUGUUUUGUUCCUUGGCCUAUUACCACUUGGAAUGGGACUGAAAGCUUCGACCAAUAUGGCGAGCAUCGGAACUCUGCUCAUGGGAAUGCGUGCAAAGUUGAAGAUUUUGGCUCAUCGUUUUGAACUAACAUCGCUACGAUCAUACUUGGACGAGGCGCAUUAUCUUGAGCACUUGGAACUGGAAGUGCGGGAAAUAUAUGAUCAACAUCUGGAAUACUGGAGACACUUGAAGAUCCUGAAAACUAUGAUCGAAGAAGCAUUCUGCCUUGUUCAUUUUUUCUCGAUUUAUGCGAUUGGAACAAUGUUUUAUGUGUCGAAAAUAAUGGGAAUCAACACUAUGUCAGCCAUGAUCAUUGCGUCCAUGGCGUGUCUGUUGCUGGAAUACUACAUGUGGUGUCGACUGGUGGACUCGCUCCAAGAAGAGGCAGAGCCCAUCGGACUACACAUUUGUCAAAUCUGCACUCGGAUGCCAUUCAGCAGAAAGAAUGCAUCGCAAUACAUCCAGCUGCGUACUUCUUUGAUGAUAAUUUGGAUUAACACGCGAAACGGAUUGACGAUGGACUGUUUGGGCUUGUUUCAAAUUUCGACGACUGGCUUCGUCGGUUUGCUGAAUAUUGUUUACACUGUGUUGACCUUUUUGAUUGAAAUGAACUAA